AUGGGAAGUCCGGGAAUGCAGCUGGCAGGCUUCAUCCUCGGCACCCUCGGAGGUUGCGGAACUUUGAUUACGUGCGUAAUGCCAGAAUGGCGACGACAGGAUAUGGCUGGUGAAGUUAUCGAGAUGCAAAUUCGAAAGCAGGGAAUCUGGUGGAACUGUAUGUACUUCUCUACUGGUCAAUGGCAUUGCGACGACUUCGACAGGAUUAUCGUUGGUCUACCUCCAGAGCUCCAAGCGGCUCGGGCGUUGAUGGUUCUCUCUUGCAUUCUCGCCUUUGGCGGUUAUUUCAUCGGAAACAUGUCGCUCAGCUGCACGACAUUCAUGUCUGAUAAUCCAACAGGCAAGAAGAGACUCUGCAUUACCUCGGCGCUUCUACUUGGCCUAUCUGCUCUCAUGACUGGCGUAUCUGUUUCGUUUUACGCAGCGAUCGUUGUUCAAGACUUCUAUCUUUCUGGAGGAAUGGCAGCUACUGGCCUCAGUUCUAGAGGAGGCAUGGGUGGAGGAAUCGGCAAUGUUGGCGGCAGAUAUGUCUACGGAACAGCUCUUUUCUUCGGUUGGGCGUCGAUGGGACUUGGUCUCUUAGGCUGCGUUCUACAGAUCAUGGGAUCGCGUGGAAUGGACGAAGACGACGACGAGUAUGAAGAUAGCGGCCGAAAUUUCAUGGCCCAAAAUAACGCUUACAACAAUCCAGCAUUCGCUACAAAAGGCCGAACUGGCACCGAAUACAUCUAA